GCUCGGCUGGGAGAAGAUGGCGGCUGCCGGGGCGGGCCCGGGGCGGAAGCAAGUGCGGCAGGAGGAGCUGCGGCGCCUCAUGCGGGAAAAGCAGCGUCAGAACGCGGGAAAGAAGCGGAUAGACUCGCCCUUCGCCAAAUACAACAGCCUGGGACACCUGAGCUGCACGCUGUGCAACGCGCCCGUGAAGAGCGAGCUGCUCUGGCAGACCCACGUCCUGGGCAAGCAGCACCGGGAGAGAAUUGCAGAAUUAAAAGGCACAAAGCAGACAGCAACUGGUUCAGCUGCUAGCACGUCAUCUCAUCCUGUCAAGCGAAAAACUGUUGAAUUAGAAAACACAGAGUUAAAGAGAGUAAAAGGUACAGACGAGAAGCCACAUACAUCUGCAUCUGGGCUACCAGCAGAUUUUUUUGAUGAAACAGAGCAAGGUAGCACAAACAAACACCUUCCAAAGGCUCCGGGUCCCAGUUUAUUGUCAGUAAAUUAUGAUGAUGAUGAUGAUGAUGAAGAGGAGGAGGAACAAGAUCAAUCAAACAAAUCUUCUGUUAUGCAUAAAACUGAAGUUCCACCUCCAGCUCCAGAAGUAAUAGCUAAUUCUCUGCCUGCAGACUUCUUUGACAGCAAAACUGCAGCUGCACCUAUACUGUCCCACUCAGGAACCAUACAGAAAGCAGAGGUACAAGAGAAGGUAGUGGAAAGGAGAGAGAACACGGCUGAAGCUUUGCCAGAAGGUUUCUUUGAUGAUCCUGAAGUGGAUGCAAAAGUGCGAAAAGUUGAUGCUCCAAAGGAUCAGAUGGACAAAGAAUGGGAUGAAUUUCAAAAGGCAAUGCGACAGGUCAACACAAUUUCAGAAGCAAUAGUGGCAGAGGAGGAUGAGGAGGGACGACUAGAUCGUCAGAUUGGAGAAAUUGACGAGCAGAUCGAAUGUUAUCGCCGUGUUGAGCUUUUACGUAACCGCCAGGACCUGAUGAAGGAGAAGUUAAAGGAAGCCAUGAGAUUAAAAGCAGCUCAAGAAAAAGAGGAUGAGGCUGUUGGUAGUGAAGAUGAAGAAGAAUUGCAGGAUUUGCUGUCCCAAGACUGGCGGGUGAAAGGGGCUUUGUUGUAGCAUUUCUGCAACGUGGCUGAUACUCUGUCAUUGUUAAAAGUGAGAUGGUUUUGUUAAAUAUUUAUUUCAAGAGGAUUGUGAGAUGAUAAAGAGCCAAGUGUAUUGAACAAAAUAAUCUCUGCAGACCAACAGUGGUGUACUACUUGCUGUAAAAACUGUAUAUUGCAAAAGUUUUUCAAUAUUGAAUGUACCUUUCCUAUUAAAAUUAUUGGUUUCCUACUA